AAAUCUCGGUCUGAACAUUGGAACCAGUGUAUAGCGGCGGCAUGUCCUGGGAAUGGCGUAGCAAUUCCUGGCAUGGCUGGGAGAAUCGCUGGAGUUGUUCGAAUAACUGGAGCCGAUGGCAGUCUGAUUGGUACGACAACCAAGGUGACUGGCCAAGCUGGGACAGUACAAACCCAGACAGUGGUACACUGGCGGAGAACCAAAGUGCUCGCUCCGCCGAGGAGCUUGGAAGGAAAUCUGUCCGCGAACUGCAGCAGCUUUGUGGGGAGCAUCGCCUCAAGAAGACUGGGAAAAAGGCCGACUUGGUCCAACGCCUUCUGGCAACCAACGACGGAGCCCUGCCCGCGCUGCCCGCGCUGCCCGCGCCCGUGACUGCUUCUGCGCGGUCAGCCACCCUGGCCUUGCCACCGAGGAAGAGGACCAGGUCGCCGGCAUCUGCCACGCCGCCCAAGAAGCUGCGGGCAGCGGCGAAGAGCCUGACGAGUGCGGCCCUGGCGUUGCCGGCUGCGCCGAAAGCCAAGAGUUCGCCUGGGAAGCACACGAGGUCCGCUGCGGCGUCAUCUGACACCUUGGUGGUGAAGGCAUGCGUUGCUUGUGAGUCGGACGAGUCCAGCUGGCGCAGAGAGCUUGGCGUUCCUGGAGAUGCCACCUUUCAGCAAAUCAAAGCCGCAUGGCGACGAUUAGCGCUUCAACAUCAUCCUGACAAAGGAGGUGAUCUUCAACGGUUUCAGAAGCUGCAAGACGCUUUUCAGAGCUUGGUAAGCGUCAUCUCAGAAGCUGCCACCCAGAACGAACGGAACGAAGCUGCAGAAGCCCAACUGGCUGCCCGGUGCUUCCUCUACGAUAUCAUUGAAGGAGCGAAAUCGUGGGAGCAUGUGCUGCGUGGAUUGGAAACCGCAGUCUUGGAGUACCUCAAGGGCAUGCUGACGUAUGAAACUACGGCGAAGCUUGACAGAUGGACGAAGGCUGGCGCCACUGGAAUCAUCAGCCAGAAGACCGGCUACAGGGUCAAGGUAGGCUGGCACGGCUGGUACGUGCUGACGUCAGCCGUGACGUCGCUGGAGGAAGCGCUGUCAUGGCACGAAGCCCUGGUUUGCUUGCGGGCGAGGUGCAUGAGACGCGUGGAGGCUGAAAGCAGCACAAAGCCUAUGAAGGUCUCUGAGCUGUGGCAGAUGCUGCAAGAUGGAAAGUACACCCUCCCGCCUGCGCUGUUGCAAUUCAAAAGCGACAAGGUGCAGGGCCGCCUCCGGAAAUGGACGCAGCAAAGCAUGAGCGUGAAGACGGUGAAGAUGCACAAGGAAAGCAUGGACAAGGCGGGCGAGGCUGAAGAGCUUGAAAAAGUCCGAGAGAAGCUGAAAAGAAAGAGCGAAAAGGAGAAAACGGAGCACCGGAAUCGGCUCUCAAAGGUGAGACAGGCAACCUGCAAGGAGCUGGAGCGUCGGAACUCUCCAGGCACAGCUGCCAUCGAACCUGAGCAGCCGAAAUUGGCUCUGCCACCCGGCCCAGAAUUCUCAGGGGCCAAGCGGGAUGAGUGCCGUGCCAAAGCCGAGGGCAUUGCAUCCUACUUGCUGAAACAAGAUGGAGCGCCAACCGAUGAGGACGUUCUGCAGGUGUUGCAAGCCUGGUGCUUCGACCAGAACAGGCUUCGAGCACACUUGUCCAAGGACAAAUCCAAAUGGUGUUCUUCCGACACGUUUGGACUGACUGUGAUGAAUGGAUUGCACGUCGUUGGGAGCACUGAGCCCUAUAGAAGCUUCCAAACCCUGCUGGCACAGUGGAUUCGUGCGAAGUGUCCUGAAGCGGUAUUCACCACCAUCGUCAUCAACCACAACUUCGAGAUUGACCGUCACCGGGAUUCGAAAAACGUUGGACCAACAAUCCUUCUGGCUGGAGGCGAUUUUACCGGAGGUGGUUUGCGGUUAUGGCUGGGAGACGGUGACAAGGUGAAACUUCAUGACCUGUCUGUGGAUGAUUCCACCGUGGUGCCUUUGGAUGAGCUGAAGUACACAGCCUGUCUGUUUGAUGGGAACAAGGCACACGAAGUGCUACCCUUCGAAGGUGAUCGCUUUAGCAUCAUGGCCUAUACGGUGAGGGGUUUCCUGGAUGCUACUGACAGCGACAGACAUGGCCUUGAGGCUAUGAGUUACAACUUUCCGACCCACGAAACCUUGUGCAGACUCCGUCGCACGAUGGAAACCGCGGAGCAGCCGCAAACUCGUCCCCAUGAUGCGGUCUGAGGACUGGCAGCGAAAAGGUGUGCCAGUGUUGGCUGCAAUGGCAUCCCCGUUCCAGCUUGACAUCACCGUACCAUGCCCCUGUGAGUCUGGACAUUGCGUUUGCUCACAGAACUCUCCC